CUGAUAUAGAGCAUCAUCCAGAGAGGAGAACCUCACUGGGAUUGUCUAGUUAAUGGAUCGAGAUCCCGGGGUUUUAUUGACUGCUAGGCUUUAAGGAGGCUGUAAAAGUCAACGCGUAAAAGGCACGUUGGAGCUCUUGUGUCCAGAUGUUAGUCCACACCUACUCGACCAUGGACCGUGCGGACGGACUGUCCAGCUCUUCUCCGAGCGGGCGACUCUCUCAUCUCUCUUCGCUGAACCAGGCAGCGUAUUCCUCGGCUCCCCCUCUCUGCCACACUCCGGCGUCCGACUUCCAGCCGCCCUACUUUCCACCUCCAUACCCCCAGUCCUCCCUGUCUUACUCCCAGAGUCAAGACACCGGAUACCCGCAUUUACCGGACCCCUAUACGUCCAUCAACUCCCUCCAUCAGCACCAGCAGGCAGCGUGGCACUCCCAGCGCUCGCGCUCAGAGGACGCGGGGCUUCUGUCUCAGUCACACCGCGCUCUGAGCUUAGAUCCGCGGCGGGAGUAUCCGGGAGUUCCGCGGUUGCUCCAUCACGGACUGGGUGAAGGAGCAGCGGCGCUCGGUGAAGGUCCCCUGGGAAUGCACGCAGUGGGUCUUCACGGUCUGGAUGACAUUCAGGUGAGUUUAAUCACUUUUAUCUUAUUUCUUUUUCAGAUAUUAAUGCCAAAUAUUCCGGUCCCAUCAAAGCUAAACGGCUCAACGUUCUCUGCCUUGUCCCUCACUAAAGAAGGCCUGGGCCUGGGUGGUGUGUCCAACCCCGCAGAGGUUUUCUGCUCUGUCCCAGGCCGCUUGUCGCUCCUAAGCUCCACGUCUAAAUACAAGGUCACAGUUGGAGAGGUGCAGAGACGCCUGGCUCCACCUGAGUGCCUCAAUGCCUCGCUGCUUGGAGGAAUCCUGCGCAGAGCCAAGUCAAAAAAUGGAGGCCGCUGUCUACGAGAACGUCUGGAGAAGAUCGGCCUCAACCUGCCCGCCGGUCGGCGAAAGGCAGCUAAUGUCACACUCCUCACAGCGCUGGUGGAAGGUGAGGCGGUUCAUCUCGCACGGGACUUUGGGUACGUGUGUGAGACCGAGUUCCCUGCCCGAGCCACAGCAGAGUAUCUUUGCAGACAAACCGACCCAGAUCAGCUGCCCACACGACAUAGUAUGCUGCUGGCCACCAAGGAGAUUUGCAAGGAGUUCGUGGACCUGAUGUCGCAGGACAGGUCGCCGUUGGGUGCCAGUCGCCCCAACCCCUGCCUGGAGCCCGGGGUGCAAAGCAGCCUGACCCACUUCAGCCUCCUCACCCACGGUUUCGGCACACCCGCCAUGUGCGCCGCCCUGUCAGCCUUCCAGAGUUACUUGCUAGAGGCCCUAAAACUGCUGGAUAAAGGAGAGGGAGGAGGAAAAAGCCACCACGACAAGGACCUCAAGCACCGCAAAUGAACAAUCGGGAGAGAGACACUACCUCCCUCACUUUUAGGAGCGUAUGAGUGUAUUUAUGUGUACGAAUGUGUACAUUCACCCCACCAUUUCGCGCCUGUACGAACUGGUUGCAUUCGUCUCUAAUGAAAUCCAAGGUCUCCAGAGAAAGCAGAAAUGCCUCGAUGCUUCACACUGCAUGUGGACCACAAACUCCCUCUGGAUCCCCAUGACUGACUAAUACAGGGCCCUUUUCGGUGUUCUCUGGAGAUCGGGCCCCUAAACCAAUCAAAUGGCACAAAAGAUGGCACGGACAAUUAAGAAUGGGGGUGUAAAAGUAAUUAGGAAUUGACAAAUGAAUUUGAAAAUGUAAUUUUGUACUUCAUGUUGUAUGUUUAUUAUCAAUGUCACUGUUAUUCUUAUUGCCGUACUGCAAUGUAAAUGUAAUAUAUUAUUAA